GUUUACAUCAGACAAAAAAUAAGAAAAUACAAGCAAGGAAUCAGCUGCUGUUCAAUCUGGUAUUUGAAACGAAGUGCACGUACAUAUCGAAGAAUGUAUAUCAUAAAUGGUCGUUUUAAUCGUUUCCAAUACCUUAUUAUAUGCUAAUUAUUGACCAUAUAAUUGUAUUUGCUGUUAUUUGGACUUUGCUUUUUGUGACAAAAGAGAAAGUGAUUCUGUGUUUAUUUCUUCAGCAGCCACCAGUGAAGAUGGCAGUGUUCCAACCCUUGUUUAAUACGAGAACGCAAUAUUAUUAAUGAUCAUCUCUGUCGCAUAUCUAGAACAUCAGUGUUGCAUCAUUUGGUGGUAAUCAUUCAUACGAUGGCAUGGUAAAACUGGUGAAAAGCGUAUAAAAUAAAGGCAUAUUAAGCUGGGUACGUUUUAGCAAGAUAUUGAGUGAAUGUCGAAAAUGCUAACUUAUAUUUGAUCAAAACCAAAAGAUCUUUGAUUGCUAGGCCUAAUCUAUCCUUCGUAUAAGCGCGCCAGGCUAGGCUAUUGUCAUUGACAGAGCCUACUUAAAACAUCUUGGCAAGGCUUAGAAGCUUCUUCAAUGCUGUCUGUCCUUCGUUUUGUUUGAAACAUAGUCAAUAUGGAGUGUGUUGGAGACUUUGAAUACAAUAAAAAAGAUUUGAUUGGACAUGGAGCAUUUGCUGUUGUCUUCAAAGGCCGUCACAGAAAGAGCCAUCAAUCAGUGGCAAUUAAAUGCAUUCACAAGAAAAAUCUGUCAAAAACUCAAACAUUACCUGAGAAGGAAAUUAGUAUAUUACAGCAACUUGCUCAUGAGAAUGUUGUGGCACUUUACCAUUGUAAGGUAACAAGCAGUUAUGUGUACCUUGUAAUGGAAUUCUGCAAUGGCGGAGAUCUAGCAGAGUAUUUGCAAGUGAAAAGAACACUAAGUGAAGACACUAUCAGAAUAUUUUUGUCACAGAUUGCUAAAGCGAUGAAAGCCAUGUGUUUAAAGGGGAUUAUUCACCGGGAUUUAAAGCCGCAGAAUCUCCUCCUCAGUUACGUAAGUGAGAAGAAAGAACCGUCACCAAGUGAAAUCAAAAUUAAAAUUGCUGAUUUUGGUUUUGCGAGAUCACUGAAAGGUGAUACAAUGGCAGCUACACUGUGUGGAUCUCCUCUCUAUAUGGCUCCCGAGGUGAUCAUGUCGCAGCAGUAUGAUGGCAAGGCUGAUCUGUGGAGCAUUGGUACCAUUAUCUACCAGUGUCUAACUGGCAAAGCACCCUUUCAAGCCUCAAAUCCUCAAGAGUUGAAAACCUUCUACCUCAAAUCUAAAAAUGUAUCUCCAAAUAUUCCUAAAGAAACCUCAAAAGACUUGAAGAAUUUGUUGAUAGGCCUGUUAAAGAAGAAUGCUCAAGAACGUAUAGAAUGGGAUAGUUUCUUUACGCAUUCGUUUCUGACCAAGAAGAAUCUUGCCACAACUUCUCCCGUUCCAGUGCCAGUUCGUUGCCAUUCAUUCUCCUCCAGUUCUCCCGAGGUGCAAGCAGUGUCGGCUUCCCCGCUCUCUGGUAUGCCGAUAUCUUCCCCCGAAGACAACUACAUAGCUAAGAAGAAACAUUCAAUGCAGGAUACGUCUUUACUGGAGGGAUACACGGACAAGUAUGGUACACCCUCAAGUAUAGGGUCAGAAGUAGGGCCACUAGAAGAAGACUUUGUUUUUGUAGAUCCUCCAAGUAAUAAUUCAGAGAGUAGUAAUCGUACACAAAAGAAGUCCAUUUCUAAUGAUUUUAUUGCAUUAACAAGCAACUCACCUGUUACCUUUACAAUAUCACCUGGAGGAAGCCCUGUACAUAUAUCAAAACCAACCACACCUGAAAAUAGGCCAACUAGUCUUCCACUUCAACGCACUCCAUCCCCAGAAUCAAAACCAAUUCCUGUAACGUCCCUUCCUCGUACUAGACGUGAUGUAAGCCAUGGAUCCGGAAGCCAAACUACACCAACUAUCAACUACAGUCGAAGUGCGCCGCAGUUCCAUAGCCUUUCCAGUCACUCCAAGUCAACAAGUCCAGUUUUAGGCCUUGGCCUCGUCUCGCCAACAAAUGCCAAGGCCGGGCCUGGUUUGAUGCACCGCGUGUCCAUGCAGCAAGAGAGCCCCUUGAGGGAGCGUUGUGCUACCUCCCCAUCAAGUCUGAUGAAAACGAAGUCAGUAAAAAGUCCAUCUAGAGGGUCACCAGUGAGUGUAGGGAGUCCAAUGAGCUUGCCACCGAUUAUAGGAUCGCCAACAAAGAAAUCAUUUGAUGAUGACCACACAACUUUACAAGCACAAUCAAAGCCACUAAGUAUACCUUCUAAUCGAAGAACAGCCCGUCGAAAAACACUAUCAGAAUGUGAAGAUCGAAGUUCAAGCUAUUCGUCGCACUCGAGCAUCAACAAAAGCGCCAGCUCUGGUAGACUGUCCGACCAGUUUAUGUACAAAGCAGCAUUCUCAAACCUUGGAAAAUCAGGCUCAAACAACAGUGUUGACCUCCUCACUGCUGGAUUUGGCAGUGCCAGCCCGCCAAUGUUUGGUUUUAACCGCUCAUCAGGGUUGUCAAGCAUCUCCCGGCGGGGCUCAGCCCAUAGGGAUAGCUUAUCAUCAACACAAGGAUCCUUGCCAUUCACAUUUGCUGCAUCUCCUCCCAAUAUGGAAGGCUUCAUCCAGUUUGUUGCACCUGAUCUCCCUGAAGAAACAUUGCUUGAGCCUGAACAUACCGAGACCGUUGAGUACCUGAACAAGAUGCUCGGUAUAGUGGAAGCAGUUCUGGAAGUUGCCAGUUCGCGCACAACAUCGCUAGCAGAGUCACUCAUGCACAGAGCAAGGGAUGAGCUAGUAUUUGUUAGUGAUGCUCAUAGACAAUUGGAGCAGUUAUUGCUAUACCUGAAGGUGUUGGAAUACCUUGAAGAUAGUCUACGUAGAGCCCGCGAGAAAUUUGCAUCACUUGCUCUUAAACCAUCCAAUGCCGUGUGCACCGUUGUCAACAAGCUUCAUGGAUACUACAAAGAAUGCUUACAAAAAACGAAGGAAGUGUACGACAAGAGUUUAUUUGAACCGUUAAAGUUCUCAGAAGGGAAACAACCAAUGACAGCUGAGCUGCUGAUGUACAGCUAUGCUAUUGAACUAUGCCUGACCACUGCCCUGGACGAGCAUAGUGUAAAUGAUAGCAAUAUCCAGUGUAUUUCACGUUAUAAAACAGGAUUAAAUUUAAUGAAUGCUCUGCUGUUGCAGCCACAGUCAACCAAAGAUAGCAUGGUACUUCAGCGUUAUAAGCAGGUUUUGGACCAACGACUGACAUAUCUAGAGAGGCAAGUACAGUGGCCUGUCACAUACUGAGGGCUAAUUUUUUAGGAGGAAUUGGAUGACUCGGAAACAGUGUAACUUACUGCUGUAAUUGAGAAGGCGAGCAAUAGUGGUUUUUAAUUUACAUAGCUUAAGUUAUCAAAGCGUAUAAGUCGGUUAAAAUGCACAAAUAAAAUAAGUAAUAAUACGAUUUAUAAAGAGCACAUAUCCGCUGCAGUAGUGCUCAGAAGGAAGGAAACAAAAAUUAAUGGAAACCGAAAAGCUACCAGGAAAGAAACACAUCACUGGACUGUUUACAUGCAAUUUAGGGCACAGAGGCCAGCCUAUCGAUGGACACUGGCAUAUACUGAGAGCAAACUGGAGAACUUUUCCCUCACCCUUUUGGGGUACACACAAGCAGUGGCCAUGAAGGUACAGAAAAAAAAAACUGAGGAAGAACAAUACCUUGUAAAGAUCAGGCUUUUAUAAGUUACUUGUGCGCAUAGAAAGCCACAGAAAUACCUUCGCUAUGGUAAUAGAAAUCUUGAUGUUGAAUGUGUGGACUCCUGGGUGUUAUUAGUAGUUGGAAGAUUGUAUCUGUGCCACCACUGGCAAAUUAACAGCAUGAUCAAAAGAGGAAGAAGAACAAUCUCAGAAAAUUAAGUUUCCAAGUAAUUAAAAGAUUGACUUUCAUGUCAAAGUAUGAGAUAUCUUAUAGGGCAAUUUAUGGAGAAUUAUACCCUUUGAAUCAUGGGAGAUAUAAAUUUCCACCAAACUGCCAGCAUAUGUAUGCUACGUUUAGACUAACAAUCCAGCCAUACUUGCCUACUAGGUCGAGUUUUCUGGAUUGAGAGAGAUAUCAAGCCAGGCAUGAGUCAAUGCAGGCUUGUUGAGACUACAACUUUCUCAACCAGAAUGUGUCAAGCCUGGCUGAACAUGUAGCCAUAAUUUACCAAACAAAAUGCUUGUGUUGUCAUCAGAGGAUGCACUACACCACCUGUGUUUUUAAUUUUACUUAAAAUUAAUAAUUAUUGUUGUGUAUAUGGAUGUUAUAAACAAAUUUUAAGAUUAAUAAAUCUGGAAAAAAGCUUCCUCAAUCAACAGGUCAUGUUUGUCAUGGAUAAAAAUUUCCUCUAUAUAUAAUAUAUUAUAUAAAAAAUAUAUAAAUAUAUAUAUGUAAUACAAAAAAACCAAAAAAAGCAAAGUAUAUAAGUCUAUAUAUAUGUAUUUUAAACAAUUUAAUACAAUACUUGAAUAGACAAGGGACUAAACAGAUGUUCCAUCAGGAAUUGUAUUGUACAGUAAUAAUAAUUCAAUCACAAAAUGAACAUUAAUAUAUAGUGCUAACCAACAAAAUUGGAAUUAAACCUCAAAAAAUCAUAAAAUAUAUUGAAUUGUUGAUUUUAAUGAAUAACAGAUAAAAAUCAAUUUUUGACAAAUAUUUUUAUGAAAAUCCGUAAAUUUGCUGGUAAAAAUUUAAGGGUAUUUGUUUUAAAUGCAAAUUAUUCGGCAAGAACAAUUUUUUUUUUGUCCUAAUUUUCAUUUGAAAACUUUAGACAUAUUGUAAUAUACAAUGUAAGUAAUUUAUUAUCUUGAAUUUAAAUUAGAUAGUGUCUGUUUAUAUGUAAGCAACUGACUAUUCAUUAACUAGAUUAGUUUAUUAAUUUAUUCUGAUGAUAUCCAGCUGAAGUGUUGGAUCCAGGCAGGGCAUUAAUAGAGUAGUUUCGGUCUUCAUCUUUAGGCAGCCUCAUAACAAGAAUUUAGGCACCUGAAGGAUGGAGACCCUAUAGGCUGAGGGCCAAGUAGGCUGAAGGCGUGAAGCAAGUCUCAUGUAGUGUUUCACCCUAAGCUGUCUAUAUGAGCUAGUGUUGAGUGAAUGUGUAUUGUAGUGUGCUGAUGAUUUAAUGGUGCUAAUAUUUAAAUAAGAAGACUACCUAUCAUAAUCUAAUGAUUUCUUUGUAUAAAAAGUAAAACAACUGAUGUGAAUAAUUAUUGGUUUGUUUUUUGGUUUUUUUUUCAUGUUUUUGUUAACUCACUGGAUAGUAGUAGUAUGGUAAUUGUUAAAUUUAAAUCAUUAAAUUGGUUGUAAUUGUAAUUUAUCUAGAAAUGUAUUAUAUUUGAUUAACGAUUGUUUAAAAUCUUACUGUAGGUAAGGGAACACCUCAACCCUCUCUUCCUCGGACUGUUUAUGUACUUCACACUUUUGUCUCCCUAGGAAAAUCAUUUUUGGAUUCACCCCUGUAGUUUCAAAGUAAUCACAAUUUUAUUAAUGUAUUUAUUUUUUAUUUACGCUGUAUGAAAGCUGAGGAUUAGUUUUUCAUAGGUUUUUCGCAAAUGAGAAAGAAUGUGUUUAUUUUUAUUUUUAAUUUAUGACACCCUUUGUACGCUCUAAUAUGUAUAUGUGUGAUUAUUUUAGUUGGCUAGUAGACCAUAGAUAUUUCAAGAAGUGAAUUGAAUAUUUAAUAUUGUAUUUAUGUAGUUAUGUCUUUUUAUAAUUGUAUGAUAGCAGGUGUGAAUUUUUCCACAUACUUUUUUAAUAUAUAUGAAUAGGGGUUUUUUUAUUCAUGAAAUUAGUGACAAUUUUUAAUGCUGCAUUUGUUUUAUUUAUGAUAUUUUUAAAAUGCAAAAAUAUUUCUUAGCUGAGCGUUAGUGGACCAAUUUUGUUUCUGUUAUAUCGCUUGCCGGUGUUGUCUGUUGAGUAUUCUAUUGAUAAGUUAAUCUAUUCUAUUCUAAUUCUUCUAAAUUCCUUUGCUAUGUAAACCAAUGUGGGUGGUCCUUAUAACCUGAUGAAAAAAUGAAGAUAACAAUAUGCAAUAUGCAAUGGAUAGUUUUAAUGUAAAGUGUGUAUAUGCCUUGGUAUGGUGCGCUGUGUAAGACCGAUAUUAUUGUAAUAUUAAUUUUUAUUGUUUUUAUUAUUAAUGUUAUCAUCAUCAUUGUAAUGAUCAUCCUCAUAAACAUCAUCAUUAUCAAGAUAUAAUUAUAUGUGUUAAUAAAUAUUUUACUCUAACAGUAUUGGCUCCGCUGAUACCCGUGUUGGAAUCAACCUUGUAAGGUAACAUCUAUUCCCUCUGUACUGUAUAUGUAUUUAUUAAAUCUGGUUCAGCAAUUAA